UCAAAAUAAAAUACAAAAGCAGACUGAAAACUUGUUUGAUUAUUCUUUCAAAAAAAAAAUCUUUAUUUUAUUAAAUAUACCAAUAAACUCCUAGUAGAUGACAAUAUUGAUCAGGCAUCUUCUAAGAACUUGAACAAAUUAGAAGAAGAUGAAACUACAUCUUAGUUGUUUCCAUAUUUUGGGUUUUGAUACACUUAUUUGAAUAAAAUUUUCAAAACUUCAUAGCUUUUGAUGAGAAGCCUCUGAUUGUUCAACAAAACAGCCAUAUAUAUAACCAAAAAACAAAGAUGAAAGGAGAAUCAAUUAUGUCUUAAAGAUUUGGUUUUCUGAUUUGAAGUUUCGAACUCUAAUAAGAUAUUAUGAACUCACACAUGCCAACAAAUAAGUUAAACAGUUGCCAAAUCAGUCACAUUAACUAGUGAGAUCUGAACGAACCGCAAAAUAAUUGUCAAUAAAAGCUGGUUACAUAAGCAAAAGGGCAAGAAUGACCCCACAUAUUAAUGUCUUGUUUCUGCUUCUAGAAUAUCAACAGCUAUUACCAACUUGUACCUAAACUUGUGAAGGUGCUAUGCAAGUCCCUUCCUUUGUGUCUGUACUCAUAUUUAUUAUUACCAGUGGACAAUCUUUGGUCUCUUUCAGGGAGCUAUCACGCAUGAAGAUUUUGAAGGACAUAAAGGGACUAUAGAAGCUGGUGACUUGCAAUGGAUGACUGCUGGGAGAGGGAUUGUGCACUCAGAAAUGCCUGUUGCACAAGGAACACAAAAGGGUCUUCAAUUGUGGAUCAACCUUGCUUCCAAAUAUAAAAUGAUUGAACCAAGGUAUCAAGAGGUGUUGAGUAAGGACAUAGCAGAAGCUGAGGAUGAUGAUGGUGUGAAGGUUAGAGUUAUAGCUGGGGAAUCACUGGGGAUAAAGUCUCCAAUCUACACAAUGACUCCAACCAUGUUCUUGGAUUUCUCUCUCAAACCUGGAGGACACUUGCAGCAACCUAUACCAGAAACUUGGAAUGCUUUUGUGUAUAUAUUGGAAGGAGAGGGUAUCUUUGGAAACAUGAAAUCUCAACCUUCAAAUUCUCACCAUAUUCUUCUUCUUGGCCAUGGUGAUGGUCUAGAGGCAUGGAACAAAUCUUCUAAGCUCCUUAGGUUCAUAUUGGUUGGAGGAGAGCCUUUGGGGGAACCUUUAGUGCAAUUUGGACCCUUUGUGAUGAACACUCAAGAGGAGAUUGACCAAACCAUUAAUGAUUUUGAGAAGUUUGCUAAUGGAUUUGAGAAAGCAAGAGAUUGGAGAUCUGAAAAGGAUAUGAAUUAAUCUUUAUUAUAUUAGCAUUAGUCAUUAGUCGGUUUGCAUAACAAGGAGUGAGGAUAAAUUAACAUUGCAAUCCUUCGUACAUGCAAUGUAUCUAAAUGAAUGAAUUAGAC